AUGUUCUUCUUCAAGAAAGCAAGGGCCAGAUCUGCGCCAAGCUCAGGUGAUGCCAGGCUUGAAUUGACGCAAAAGGAAGAAGCACCGUCAAGACUGGCUCGACGAAGGACAAAACGACGGACAACUAGAAAAACACGAAUCCAAGGGAAAACUGUUGAGGAAACCUCCAAGAGGGCUGUCAGGAAAAAGACCGGUCUGACUAUAGAGGAUGAUACGCCUUCAUUGCAAAAGACCGCUACAAGUUCUCGAAGCGUGCCAGCUAAAAGUUUCGAGGAAACAUCGCAGCGUCGCGUGUCAAGAGCUGCGAAGCGUGCUCAGGUGAAAGUAUUCGUUGAAGAGACGUUCAAAAAAGGAGUCAAGGGUCUAAUUGCUGAAUUCAAAUCUAUGAAAAGAGUCAAUGAUUUUUCGAAAAUGACCGAAUUCGUUGCACAAAAUGCUCAGGGAAGAAAUCGUUACAAGGUCGGCAAUCCAUGA